UGUAGCAAGCGAGCAUCCAUGCAUGCACUGCACUGCACGUACGCAAGUUAUCUGGAGAUGACUGGCGGCAACGACUACACUAUCAGUAGCUAUUUUACGUGCAAUGCCACGCUGCACCCCUAUGUGCACAACCUCACCUCCUCCUACACAGACCAGAAAAAUGAGGCUUUCACGGUGACCACAAGCAUCGUCAUGUUCAUCCUCGCGGCUCUCUUCUUCAACCUAAAUCUCUUCAGCCGGCUCUCCAACGUGAGCGCCAUCCUCAACCCCACCGUCCGCCUCUUCCUCUCCACCUCGCUGUCGCUUUUCCUCCCCGUCAUGUCCUACCUCUUCUCCGAGGCCAAGAAGGAUAAUGCCACCACCAUGACCGGUACUGGUACUGGUUCAAGUCAGCUGGGCGCCGAGCUGUCACUCCGAGCCCGCACGAUCCUCAUGUGGAUGCUCCUUGUGGAGCUCCUCCGCAAGAAGGUGGAGGCCAUCCUGGUGAACGUGGGCAUGCAGUGGUACUCGGGCACCAUUGAUCGCGCAGCCCGCAUCGUUUGGCUGGGCUACCUCGUCUUCUACAACGUCAAAAGCACCGGCAAGAGGGUAAUCUACGGCACCUUGUGGGUGCUUGCGGCUGCCAAGUUGCUGCAGAGGGUCGCCAUCAACGAGCUGCUCAAGCGUUCAUUUGCCUAUGGCAGGAACGCCCAGCUGCUUAACUCGUACAUGACCCAGAUGCUACACGAGGAAGAGCGGCGGCAGCUGCUGCAGCAGCAGCAGCAGCGGGACGAGGUUGGGGGAUCGGAGCUGUUGAAGAUGUGUAGGUACCCCGUGAUAGGAGAAGACAACCUGGAGAGGAAGGCUGGCCCGGACGGCUACCACCUCCAGCUCCCACGAAAGAACACCACCGACGACGCCGCUGACAGCGACUCUACCACCGACGACUCCCACGCCGACGCCGACUCCGCCACCGUUACGGUGGGCGAUAUUUGGAGCCUCCCAGAUGACAAGAAGGACAAGGGCGGGCUCCUCCUGGAAGACCCAAGACUGAAAAGGCUGUGCCUCUCCUUUGCACUCUACAAGCUGCUGCGCCGGAGGUUCGAGGAUCUCCCCAUCACCGGCGCGGAAACCCACAACUGCCGGAACCUCAUCUUCAAAGGCCUGCACAAGGAGCUGCUGCUUCAAGGUGUGAAGGCUACAAAACCCCAAGGCUUGGACGUGGAGCUACAAGGUGCGGACGUCGCAGCUGCACUCUUCCAAGUGUUCGAUGAAGAGGUCCAGUUCCUUUGCGAGUACUACCACUCUUUUCUACCCGUCGUCCUUUCCAACCCCUUCUUCUUUUUGGCCAACUACAUCCUAUUUCCCAUCCUGGUAUGGGCCUUCUGCAUCCUGACCUUCAUCCUCUGCGGCAACGGGAACGUGCACUACGCACUCCAGAGCAUCAAGAGUGACAACUACAUCAUAUCAACCGGCGCCAUGACGUUGACCAGAUGCCUCCUGAGGAGGAUUGGCCAUUCCCCGGAGGUGCUCUUCGCCACUAUCGACCUAAGCAUCACAAUCCUGCUCUUGCUCACCUUCCUCUAUGAGCAAGUCUGGGAGUACCUUGUCUUCAUCCUCUCCAACUGGCUCAUGGUGUCGCUACUCUGCCAUUACACCGGCAAGCGCCAGUGGCGCCAGAGCCGCGGCUUGACAAGGCUCAUCCACUGCCUCCUGUGGGUGCGGAGCAAGUUGAGCCACCGCAACCUCUGCUUCAAGCAGUACUCCGUGCUAUGCUUCUGUCCUUUGUUGCCUAACAAGGCAGUACCAAAGGAAGUGAAGAAGUCCAUCCUGGACUACCUGGUUACUCACAUUGAUGGCCAUGGCGAUGGCGGCCACGCUGCCCCUCUCACUAAUGGUUGGUCCAUACUGCAGUCGGACAAGCACAGCCAGUAUCGCAGCCUGCUGGCAUCGGCGUGCGAGAACAAGAGCGGCGCCGAGGUCAUCCUCAUCUGCCACAUCGCCACCAGCCUCUUGGAGGUGAGGUACCCGAUGCAGAACAAGACAUUGAUGGGAAGUCAUCGCAAGGUGGCAACGACCUUGUCCAAGUACUGCGCUUACUUGGUGGCCCAGUAUCCGGAGCUGCUCCCCGAAGAUAAGGACGGGACGGAGCUCACGUACAAGGAGAUGGUGGAAGAUUUGAAAAAGGAGCUUGGGGGCUGUUGGAGGUACCACCUGUCGCGGCAGAGCACCCGGUACAAGAAGCUGAGGGAGAUCGGCAGACCGAAGCAUGCGACGGUGGUGGUGGAGCCGCCGCCGAUGACGACUGUGCAGACGGGAGCAAAGUUGGGGAGGAAGCUGAUCCACGGGGCAAAUGAGCAUGACGCGCGUGUGUGGGAGCUACUGGCCGACUUCUGGACGGAGCUCAUGGUGUACGUGGCGCCAUCGAGCAGUGAGGUGCACGUGAAGGCGCACAAGGAGGCCCUGGCGCAGGGCGGUGAGUUCGUCACCGUCCUCUGGGCACUGACCACGCACACCGGCAUAACCAGGCCGGCCGUCAAGCCAUGGACCGUCAUCCCGAUCCAAGAUGUUGAGGAUACAACGUCUCCUCAAAGUGUGUAGAGGUCAACCGCUACCUGCGUAUGCUUAGCGUAUGUGCUAGCCUCAUCAAGUUUAUUUACAUGUGCGUUCUAAUUUGCUCAUUUCCAUUUUGGAGUUUGCUUAGGUAAUCGAGGUGAUGAAGAAUGUACUUUCUUAUGCUGUAAAUUUGAUUAUGUCUC